GUUACGUACUAUAUAUACGCUAGUUGCCUAGUACGUACUUGUAUACAUACAUACAAUACUCCGUAGAAUAUAAUGUUCAAAAUCGAUUUGGUUCCAGCGAAUGGGGGGGUGUCGUGGGAUGAUUGUGGUCGUGGUGAAGUUGCUGCAAUCCUCGUUUCCUAUUCUCCCUACUGUGUUAACUCUCUGCGUUUCCUUUAUUUCAAGGACGGCGAGUUGCAGUUUUCUGAAGAUCAUGGCAAACUUAGUGACAGCAUACGCAUGAUCAGACUAGACUACCCAACGGAGGUCCUCAUUGAGGUGCAUGGCUUUCGUCGCUUCACUUAUGUGUCUUGCGGUGGAUUGUCAUCGAUAACAUUUGUGACAAACAGGGCUACAUAUGGACCCUUUGGGGAAAAUAGGGCGCCAUCGUCAUCCAACGACAGCAUAUUCAAAUUCCGACUAGGUAGUGAAGCUGAUUCCAUUAAUGGCUUUCACGGAACUGUUGACCGUUAUGGUCGCCUCGAAAGCCUCGGUGUUUAUUUACAGACAACAAUAUCUGCUACCCGCCCCGAUCUCAAGCGUAUUUGUCUCUAAAGAUGUCAAACAUGCAUGACCAUGCAUUCUACUCGUAUAUUACAACGACGUUGUUCGAUGAUGAUGGAUAUACUAUCAC